AUGUCUACCGAUUACGAAUUCAAGGGCUGGCUUGGCCGUGAUCCCAGCUCCGUCCAGGGAAAGAUGGAGUGGGAUACCUUUGAGCCCAAGAAGUGGGAGGAGAACGACGUCGAUAUCAAGAUCACACACUGCGGUAUCUGCGGCUCUGACCUUCACAUUCUUCGCUCCGGCUGGGGCGAGACUCCUUUCCCCUGCUGCGUCGGCCACGAAAUCGUCGGCAAGGCUGUCCGCGUCGGCUCCAACGUCACUGACAUCAAGGUUGGCGACAGAGUCGGUGUAGGCGCCCAGGCCCGCAGCUGUCUCCGCGACGACUGCUCCGAGUGCUCCGCCGGCCGCCUCAACUACUGCCCUAAGAUGGUCAGCACCUACGGCUCCGUCUACCCCGACGACAUCGGAAAGUCCUACGGCGGAUACGCAGACUACAACCGCACCGACUCCCGCUUCGUCGUCAAGAUCCCCGAGAGCCUCCCCUCGGAGUACGCUGCGCCCAUGCUCUGCGGCGGUGUCACCGUCUACGCUCCCCUCCGUAACAACGGCUGCGGUCCUGGAAAGACCGUUGGUAUCGUCGGUGUAGGCGGUCUGGGCCACUUUGGCGUUCUCUUCGCCAAGGCUCUCGGCGCUGAUAAGGUCAUUGGCAUUUCUCGCAAGGCCUCCAAGAAGGAAGAAGUCCUCGCUCUCGGCGCAGACGCUUACAUCGCUACUGACGACGAUGAGGACUGGGCCAACAAGAACGCCAAGACAAUUGAUCUCAUGGUUUGCACUGUUUCAAGCAGCAAGAUGCCCUACAGCGACUACUUCAAGCUUCUGCGCCACGGCGCCGACUUUGUGCAGGUCGGAGCUCCUGACUCUGGUGAACUUCCCCCCAUCAAUGCAUUCAACCUCAUCAUGGGCCAGUUCAAGCUGAGCGGAAGCUUGAUUGGAUCGCCUAAGGAUAUCGAGGAGAUGCUGCAGCUUGCUGUUGAGAAGAACGUCAAGCCUUGGGUUGAGAAGAGGCCGAUGGAGGAUGCGAACCAGGCUGUUGUUGAUAUGGAGAAUGGCAAGGCGCGAUACCGAUAUGUUUUGGUUAACCAGAAGAACAUUGAUUAA